AUGGAUUUACUUUACCCAUUUUGUAGAAUAGACGAUUCGGAUGAUAAACUUUCUGCCGAGAAGUCGAUCGAUCGGAGCAAUACUAAUUUCCUGGUGCAUUACCGAAAGAUUACGAAGAGUUUCAUUGCGAAGAAAUCCCCAGUCGUGAUCUCAGAAGUGGAUGGAUCCAGUCCCGAAGGAAGUCCUUUACUGGCGACGGAAUCCGUUGAAUUCUACCCUCAGCUUGUGCUCUAUCGAGCUGGAAUGCAAAUCAGAUUCACGGGUGAGCGAUUGGAUAUGCGAGUGGUGAAAUGGAUCCAGGAGCUGACCACGCCGCGAGUCAUAUCUCUAACAUCACUAGCUGACGCCAGUAAUGCGUUGAUGAAACAUCAAGACGUUCUGAUGGGCUUUUUCAAUGGUAACAAUACGAGAGGAGCAGAGCUAUUCAUGGACUCCACAAUCGGGAUCCACGACGACGUCAAGAGAAUCGUGGUUCAACUGAACCACCCAGAGUUGACUCGUCUCCUGCCAUCACCAGCAUCCAACCCUGACAACGAGGUGAUCAUCCUGUUGCGCAAAUACUCUGCAUCUUCUGUGGAGUGGGCAAAGAUUCCAAUGAAACUACUGCGACUGCGGAAAGAAAAAGAGCUGUCUGCUCUUGGUGCUGCCCGACGCUCUCCGAGACUAAGUGGUGGUGGCAAUGAUGCUCUUCCUGAAGGAGCCGAGGGCAUGGAUGAUCAAGGAGGGCAGGCAUUUGAGCUCCCGGGAGACGCUUUUCCUGGGGCUGUUGGUGGCGGUGGGCAACAAUAAGCGUGAAAAAACAACGAAAAGUGCCAACUAUGAGAAAGUUUACCCUGACACUCCGUGAAACCCGGAAAUCAAGUGCAAACCGUGGUGUCGAUUUGAACGAAAUACUGAACAAUACUGCCUUUCUCAGAUUGAAAACUACUCACCCUUCAACGCACACACACUUGUAGAAAAAUCCACCGGAUGUGUGAGAUGACCGUUACUUUCUCAGAUUUGAGGAGUGCGGUGGAAGACGGAUUGAGAAAAUGUGAUCACGACGUAGGAAAUGUCGUAUUUUUCACCCGCAAAUCGUUGCCGAUGUGAUUAAUAACUUUUAACCUCGAACACCAUUUUGCCGCAAUUCUUCGAAUUUAUCGUGUCUUAGCGAUGGUUGUGACUUUCAACCACUUUUUGUGAAUCCUGAAGAUUUAAUCAAAUAUUCCUUCUGUAAUCUGUAUUAAUUGCUUUUCUCGUAUUUUAUUUGAAUGACGAAUUGUGGUGCAUCUGUAUGCAGCAUUUUUCGAUAAUCAAAUCUAAUGAGUAUCACUUUAAGGAGAGUUCAUAAGUAUUAGUGCUGAAAAAAAGGAAGUAAGUGGACUUCUCAAUUGACAAAAUCCAUUAUUUUGUAUUUAUCAUAUUGUAAUAAGAAAUUUGGGGUUGAAGGCGACAGAACUUCGUGAAGUGUGCUUUGUGCAUUGUGUGCCCCUUCAAUGGUAUAUUUGAACUGAGUGAUAUUUUGUUGCACAAAUCGGUGUGAUGAGAGGUCUGUUGAGUUAUCUUUAAAAUGAAGACCACUUUUUCAAUUGAUUUUUUUUUCAUUGCGCCAAGACAACCAUCACAACAACAAA